AUCAAUGUGACGUCAUCACUGCGCGACGACGACAUGACGGACACAAGUGUGUUCGGGUGCGUUGCUGUAGAUUUCAUUCACAACAAGCGAGUACCUCUGUGAUUCCCAGCGGUUUAGCCAUCCUCUGCUCAACUUUGACGCCAUUUGUGUGACAUGGAGCCAGACGAGGACCUCAACCCCGACACGGAUGACCUUCCACUCCGAGCAAAUACUAACCACAUACUUGUCAGACAUUAUGUGCUGGACCUGACGGUUAAUUUUGACAGGAAGGUCAUCGGUGGUAGUGUCGUUCUGUUCCUGGAGCCUUGCUCUGGAUUAGGGACUUUGGCUGAGGAUGACAUUGGACCUAGAGCUGGGACUGUAGAGGCUGGAGGGAGUCAGGAUACGUUUGUGUGUAAAUCUCUGGAUGUGGACACAGUGGAGAAUGGUACAGAAGAGCUUGGGGAGACUACGGCGAGGACGGAGAAGAUGCUUGGUGCUAGAGAAAGAGCUGGAGUUCAGGCUCUGUCUGGCGUUGGGUCGCAGACCGCAGCUGAAACCAAAACUAUUCAGUCUUCACAUUUGUGGGAAACCACAAGUGACGGCGAUUUCACCCUAGUGCUGGACUGCUGUGACCUCGAUGUGUCAAAGGUGGAAGAGGUGGACAUCACCUCUGUGUCAGCCAUGUCUGGUCUCCUACCAGAGGUCGCAUCUGAGAGGUCAGGUGACGGUUCACUGAACCCACAAGCAGCCUUUAUUCAGACCCUAAUCUCUAUGCUGUCUAGCCGAUGGAGGCAAAAGCACCAGCUCUUUUUGCAGUGUAGCCGUGCCCCUGGUGCUCAGGACGGCAGCUCACUGCACUUUCGUAGAGACCGCUGGAGUCUGCAGGUGAGGAAGAAGGGGGUUGCGUCGCCUCAGGAGUUCCCUCGUGCUCUCAGGAUCUGCUACGAGACGAGGCCAACAGGCGACUCUGUGAGGUGGACCAAAGACCAGGACAACAGGGUGUGUGUUUACACUGCCGGUUCUCCCAUCAACAACCGAGCACUCUUCCCCUGCCAGGAGCCGGCUGUUGCCAUGUCAACAUGGCAGGCGACAGUACGGGCCCCCAGUGAGUGUGUGGUUUUGAUGAGCGGGGAGGAGCAGACUGUACCUAUUGAGGACGGGGACACACGCUUCUUAAUCUGGAAUUACUACGUCACUAUGCCCAUGCCCGCCUCCACCUUCACCUUGGCAGUGGGCCACUGGCGCCAAGUCACAGCAGAAAUUCCCCCAGCAGUGGAAAGAGAGGUGAGGGACAAGACGGAUUGUAGCAAGCCUGCCAAACUCGGGGCUGGCCCGGGGGAAUGGACCGAUGCUGACCUUAUGUCUGGACUUGGAAGCUCCAUCAGUGAAGUAGUAAAGGGCUCUCCACUCAAGACUGGCAGCGGAGACCAGACCACCCGCUCAGACUCUGCAUUCUGUUACUCUUCCCUUGAGGAUGAGGGGCUCUCUGUAACUGAUUAUUCAGGCAUGGUGGAUGACGGCAUCUCUUGUUCCCAUGACGACUACCCUUGCCGAUUUACUGAGCAGUCGGCUUGGUCCCAGCGGGUGAUCCCACACCGUGUGUUUGGCCCCGUCUGCUUGCUACAGAAGGCCCAGACGGCAGUCCUCAAGCUGUUGCCUCGAUGUUUGGCUGCAGCCCACUCCGUCCUGGGGGUCCACCCUUUUCCUCGCCUUGAUGUUCUCAUCGUCCCAGCAGGGUUCUCCAGUCUGGGCAUGGCCAGCCCCCAUAUCAUUUUCCUGUCCCAGAGUGUGUUGUGCGCUGGGAGUCUCGGUUCUGGAGGGAACAGCCUGUCUCUGUGUGGAUCCAGGAUGUGCCAUGAGAUCGCCCACUCCUGGUUCGGCCUGGUUAUCGGAGCCAGAGACUGGACUGAGGAAUGGAUCAGUGAGGGCUUUGCCACCUACCUGGAGGACAUUAUCUGGGCCCAAGCACAACAACUCUCCUUACAAGAGACAGCAGAGCAGUCUGACCUGAAGGCACUGCUGAGGUGGAGACGACUCUCUGAUGAGUUGCAGAACUCAGAGGAGGCACUUCAAAUCCUCAGACCUAACAUGGAGAGCACUGGUCAGGUCAGUGAGUCUGGCUCCUCCGUGGUUAAACAUGCCCUCAACCCUGACAAAACCUUCAUGCAAGUCCACUACCUCAAGGGUUACUUCCUCCUCAGGUUCUUGGCCAGUCAAAUGGGAGAGCAACAAUUCAUGGACUUCUUCAGAGUAUUUGUGAAGAAAUACCAUGGGCAGCUCAUUUUGUCUCAGGAUUUCCUGCGAAUGCUGCUGAUUACCUUUCCCGACAUAGAGAGAAAAGGCCUCACCCUCGGUGCUAUUUAUGCUGACUGGCUUGAUCGACCGGGAAUUCCAGAGUGGCUGUAUGAAAGGAGCACCGUGUGGUCACAGGCGAGGCUGGUGGAAGAAGUCAAAGCAGAGGUUGUAAAAUGGAUUCUCCUCAGUCAGAGUCAUCAGGGGAAGGGCAGAAAGCGGAAGAGAAUAGAGCCCAAGGUGAACUACAAAGAGGUGACGUCGGAGCAGCUAGUGAUGCUUUUGGAGCUUCUGCACGAGGAAGAGGAGUUAAGCGUGGCAACAAUGCGCGCUCUGCAGAGAACGUACAACCUACAGAAUCGAGACGCUGAGGUCCAACAUAGCUGGUGUGUGUUGGUGGUCAAACACGCGUAUACUCGCGCUUACGGAGACGUGGAACACUUUCUAGUUCAUGGCCAAGCUAUGGGUGUGUAUCUGUACGGGGAGCUGAUGAUUCAGGAGGACCCGGAACAGCAGGCUCUGGCCCGCCGCUGCCUCUCAUUGGUCCAGGAAGAAAUGGACCAAUCGGCACGCAGAGUGGUGGAGAAGAUGGUCCUGUGACAUUGGAGGUUGCUGACUACAGACGGAGCUGACAGUACGGUGGUCCAGAGCUCCCCUCCUCUUCCUCUGUAGGAGAGGAGACGCUGCAGAAUCGCUCAGCAGUGUGAACACCAGACGUCUGCGCUCUUACUCUACAGCCAAGGCCAACUGGCAAGGUUUAGAGCACAGCAGCUCUGUCCAUUCAGGUCUAAAGAAAUAACCAACAACAAUACAAGCUGUUCCUAGUGAGAAGCACAUUGUUGCUGUGGUAAGAGAGAAGAAUUACAUAAUUUCACCUGUUUGAUAAAGACUGGGAAAAGAGAGACAUUUCAUGGAUGGAGACACUGCACAUCCAUCCAGGUUUAAAGGCCCUGAGGUGCUGUGUUUAAGUUCUGUGUGUGUGUCUGUAGGUGUGACUUCAUGUCUGUUUAGUCUGAAGCCGUGAUCCUGUGACUUUAGACAGGAAAUACUUUCAGGUGAGUCACAUUUUUAUACAUAACAGAUUACUUCACUUUGUCCCGGUGACGACACUGGAAAAUAUACAACCUCUCGGGGCAUUUCAAUAUGUGUAAAUUAAAGUUUUUUAAAUGCUGUGUGAACAAUGUUUUUUUCUUUGUAUAUUUUUUUUAAAUAAAAUAUUUUUUUCUUAAAAUAAA